AUGUAUUAUGGAUAUCAAUCUAAAGGUACUUACGCUCCACUUGAUUUAUCCCCGCUUCUAGUUGUUGAGCAUUAUAGCGUUGAGGGAGAAGAACAUUCCACGCAGAUCAAACAGCUUCAUCAAGAAGUGUUCCCCAGUUUUUGCCCCGUUUUGGAGCUUGCCAUUUCUUUCUCCCAUCUGGAUAAUCACCGCCUCAUCUAUCAGUCCUUGCAUUUUGUAUGUCAUCGGGCGGUCUUCCACGUUUCUAUCACAGUUCCUCACCGCCUCCUUUGCCCAAUCACAUACACUUCCUUCCACCGCCUCCCAUUUCACAUUAUCUUCCCUCCUAACCCAUUAUCUUUGCUGACGCUCACCCCCGCCACUUCAAUCGCCGAAUUCCAGCCACCAUCUCCACCAAGGGAAUCAAUCCAACCGCUCCACAAACCCUACUAUUCAAUCCCCCAUGUAAGUCGUACAUCGAUUGACGGAGAAUUUGUGUCAAAUUUUCCCUCCGCCUUCUCCACUGUUGACCGCCACCAAGAUCACCCUCAAGCCAAAACUCCACCGUUGUUUCAAAAGCCUAGUUCAGUUCGUUGCCUGUUAUUUGGGCUACUGAGUUAUCUGUUUUUCCUCUCAUGGUUUUAAUCUAAAGGU